AUGGAAAGUGGACGAUGUGUGCUUUUGUUAGUCCUUGUUGGACUGGCAACUCUAGGAAGCUUUCCCCAAACGGACGCAGCGCGUAUCCUUGGUGUACUGCCUUCGGUGGGACGAUCGCAUUUUAUCAUUGGAGCAGGUCUCAUGAAAGUUCUGCUCGACGCAGGCCAUGAAGUAACCAUUAUCAGCCCGUACCCGAUCAAGGACGCACCGGCUGAUCGUUAUCGAGAUGUUCUUAUUCCCGAGCUGGCCGAACAACACGGUGUAUCAGGGCCGGAUUUGUUCCAGUUUAAAAACGCGCCCAACCUAAUGGUUCUCUAUGUGGUGUAUAACGAAUUUGGUCCUACUGUUUCGGAAGCCUUAUUGCAAUAUCCGAGCGUGGUGGCUCUCAUGAAGUCAGGACAGAAGUUUGACGCUGUGAUCGUGGAGACGUUUGCUAGUGAAGUGUUAUAUGGACUGGCCGAGCACUUUGGCGGGGAGCUAAUAGUGUUUGCCCCAUUCGGAGCCUCCAUGUGGACGAGUGAGCUCGUCGGAACACCUUAUCCGUACUCGUACAUCCCACACACGUUUCUCAGUUACACCAACGAGAUGUCGUUUUGGCAGCGUUUCGGAAACACUCUCGUGGGGCACAUCGAUAAGCUGUAUUAUCGGAACGUUUUCCUACCGAAACAGGAAGCCAUGUACAAGCGAUUUUUCCCCAAUGCGAAGCUCUCUUUCGAACAAACACUCCAAAGCGUCCGACUGGCGUUUGUCAACCAGCACUUUUCACUCAGCUAUCCUCAUCCGUACGCUCCGAACAUGAUCGAGAUCGGUGGCAUCCAGAUCCAGCCCCCAAAGGAGCUUCCGAAAGACAUCUUACAGUACAUCGAGGCCUCAAAGCAUGGUGUCAUUUACUUCUCGAUGGGUUCGAUGCUGAAAGGACGAAACUUCCCCGAAGAUAAACGAGCGGCCUUUGUGAAGGUGUUCCGCGGACUAAAGGAGAAUGUCAUCUGGAAAUACGAGAACGAGAGUCUUCCGGAUCAGCCCAAGAAUGUGCUCAUUAAAUCCUGGAUGCCUCAAAGUGACAUUCUCGCCCACCCGAAAGUGAAACUUUUCAUCACUCACGGAGGGCUGCUCGGGACAACUGAGGGUCUUUAUCACGGUGUGCCGAUGGUUGGAAUUCCCAUUUACGGAGAUCAGGAACUUAACCUAGCACGUGCUGAACAAGCGGGAUACGGUGUAAAACUCGACUACGACACGCUCAGUGAGGAGACAAUUUCGGCCGCCAUCCGGAAGGUCCUCGGUGACGCCUCGUACAAAGAUCGCGCUCAGACUAUUUCCCAGCGAUAUCGCGAUCAACCACUUAGUCCAGCCAAAACCGCCGUCUUUUGGGUGGAGUAUGUGUUACGUCAUGGAGGAGCUCCACAACUCCAAUCACCCUCGGUGAAGCUCUCCUUCGUCGAGUACAAUCUGCUGGACGUUUACGCGUUGAUGGCCGUGAUCGCGUUAUCAAUGCUAAUUGGAAUGGCAGCGAUGGUGAGGGCCGUGUUGCGACGUCUCAGAAUUGUCAAACGACCAAGUAAAGGAGGCGCACACGGGCGCAAGAAGAAACAGUAG